AUGUCUGUCACAGCCACUGUCCAAGCCAUAAGACUCGAGGGCGAUCAAUAUUCCGACACUGCACAAAUGGAGGAGUCGCCCGAGCAGAUCUGCGCAACUGGGGGAUAUUCGGCCCCAAGUGUCCCCGAGUUUCAAGACCCCUACGUAGAGCGACAGUGGCAAUUGGAGCAUAUGGCUGCUGUGUUUAGAGUCUUCGCACGCAAAGGCUUUACAGAAGGAACCGCUGGGCACAUUAGUGUUCGCGACCCCGUGGAACCAGAUACGUUUUGGAUUAACCCUCUCGGCAUACACUUUGGCUUGCUCAAAGCAAGCGACAUGGUACAGAUCAACGAAGAUGGCCAUGUUAUUGGUGGGAAUCGCGUCGCGGUGAAUAGAGCUGGAUUUCAAAUACAUGGAGCCAUCCAUAAAGCUCGACCUGAUAUUAAUGCCAUUUGUCAUACACAUUCUCCUGCUGGAAAAGCCUGGUCAACGUUUGGGCGCCCUCUCGACAUCAUCAACCAAGAUGCUUGUACCUUUCUUGGUAUACAGGCUGUUUAUGAAAACUUUGGAGGAAUCGUUCUAGAGCGUGAUGAGGGGCAGAGAAUCGCUGCGGCACUGGGCAAGAGUAACCGUGUUGCGAUCUUGCAAAACCACGGCCUCCUCACUACUGGAUCCACUGUUGAUGAAGCAGGUUAUCUAUUUACACUGCUGGAGCGAUCUUGUGAGGUGCAGAUCAUGGUGGAAAGCGCCGGUCUUCCGAAGAAAGUCAUUGGGAAGAGAGAAGCAGAAUACACUGCUAAAGCUUACCAAGAUCCAAACAAGUCUUAA